AUGGCUCAUGGGAAAGUGUCUGCCUCUCUCUCCUCCAAAAACUUCAAGCGCGUCAUAAAAAAGCGGUAUCAACGAGCAUCAAAAUUGAAGCUCGACGUUUAUAUUGGAUGUAAAAGACUGAUAGGCACCUGCCAAGGAGUUGUUCUAUCCGCUGAUCGCAUCUCAGAACUGAACGAAGAAGCACACGAACCUAUUGACGCCAGUAGAUACAAAAGAGCGUUUUCAUCAGGGUUUCCAGUCCUAUAUUUUGAAGAUCGAGUAAUGGGAACAAAAAUGAUUGUAGACUAUGUCACAGAUCUGUUCCGUACUAGUAUUGAUGAAUUAUAUGUGGAUAGAAACGGUAUUUGGGCAAUCGAUUUUAUCAAUAGUCGACAGAAUACGCCACUGGCUGGUUUAUUUUUAGUAACGGCUAAGAAAGAAGACCCGAUAGCUGAUGAGGAAGCCGAAUAUGUGCUCAGAUAUUCAAAAACUGGAGAACUUCUUGAUAUCCAUGUAAAAGUUUCUGAAAACUUUCGAUUCACUGCAUGGUUCGAUCCAGAAUUGGAAAUUGUUGAAACUGAUGAAGUGAGAAGGUAUCGCUAUAGGUAUGACUAUCUAUCUUACUGUGUUUCAUGUUUUCUUUGUCUGUUUAGUGAUGGAUCAGAAAUGGAAGUUCAAGGUGGCUUUAGUAUCCAACGUAUGGACGGCGUGAAUGCAACGAUUGUUUGUGAUAUUAGACUGUUUUGUAUGGUUUUUUGGCAUUCGGAUGGAAAUUGA